GUUUAUAUGUGUCCCGUGUUUGCCGCAGUGCUUUAUGGGACAUGUAGUUCGUCAAUGUUCUGGGAACGUUGCAGUGACGUUGUGGUAACGUGACAUAACGUUAGCGAGCUUGGGCCAAUAUGACAACCACUUCCGCUUGUUUUCUUCGCGAGUCUUUGUCUUAUGUGUUUACCAAAACGAAGAGUUUUGGUGUUAUAAAGUCGCGUUUUGUUCGCUAGUUAGUUCGCUUAAAUACAGCAAUGGAAGGCAGUAAUGGUAACAGCUCGAACUGGGCGGUGGAUCGGCGGGUGGAGGGACUGGUGAACAAACACAUGGCAGACAUGGCACUGGAUACACUUCAGCAGAGACUCUCUGCUGUGUCCCAGGAAAUGAACCAUCUGUCUGCUGAAAUAUCCAGACGAGAAGACUCGAAACGUUUGGAGGAUUUAGCGCGGCGGACUGACCCACACUUCAUCGCAGGUUCCCUGCCGGAGUCUUAUAACGAAGAGCUAGUGGAGGAAAAAAAGUUGAUGACCAACACAUCCACAUCCUCCUCGUCCUCCUCAGCAGAAACUGCAGCUCAAAAAAAAAUCAUAUCACUCCUGCUGGAAAUAAAAGAAGAACAACAGAGGCAGUGGACUGUGCUGAAAGACCUGCAAGCAAUGAUUCAAGGACACAUGUGUGAGGAGGAUGUUGAAACUCUGGAUAUAGAUCUACCACUACAGACAAUGGAACAGCUUGAUGAAACUGAGAGAUAUUUGGAGAACGAUGAAGCGCAGAAGAGAAUGGUGUCUCACUUGUCUCGGAUGGGUGGUGCAACAGUGGAUGAUGCAGUUAGACGCCUGAUGCACGCAGUCUUGUCUUUCACUGUCGGUUCUGAGCUGAACUGGGUUGGUCGAGGACAAAAAAGGAGCUUCAAAAAUACCAGACUGCAAGGAGUUUUGUUCCGUGCAUUAAAGAAGACCCCUGUAGGAAAAGAGGCCACACACCAUCAGUUUGCAGAUGUAGUAAAGAAAUGGCUGCGAUUUGCUCCGUUCAGACAAGGAGGCACUGGUCGGAAACAGCAUUACAAACCUCCUGUAAAAUACCUGUGCCCCAAGUAUCAUACUGAUACUGAAGGGUGACAACAGUGUCUUAUUGUCUUAUCUUAUUCAACACAGUUCAAUGUAAAAUUUCAACUAAAAAACACAUUUUCAUGUU